ACCCCUACCCGAAGGUAGGUCAUUGACUAGCUGGCUAGGUCCUUUCGACAAUCUAGCUAGACUAACAUUAGCUAACUAACUAUCCAAGUUUGUAACCAACGUUUGUUAACUAGCUUACAAACCGAGUGGGCAAGAUAUCUAUAAAAAGGUUGGCCUAAGAAAACUUGUUAGUUAGGUAGUUAACUAUUUACCGAAGUAGUUGGCUAGCUACUAGUUAGCAAAACAAACCAGGUCGUCAUAGAGAGCAUAACAUGACAAUACGGGUCGCCAAUACGCCGUCGUUAACGCUACCUGCAGCGAAGUGCAGAGGAGUGGAUUUUCGACCAGCCAUGUCCUUGGCAUUGACGUUAACCGUAUCCACCAGCCUCUUCACCCGCGAUACAUCCCCAGUACGACAGGCUUCAAACAACUCUCUGAAAGCCCCGCUUGUCCCGCAGUCGCCGCCCGCGGGGCUAGUGCUGCCUGAGUCAGGACUGGGGCCAGCGCUGAUGCCACCCCCGGUGGUACUAACGUUAGAGGAGCUGGUGCUACUGCUCAGGGCCGGGACGGGGAUAUCGGGGGAGGCCGGAGUUAACUCCUGAUCACCGGCGCUGUCUAGUUCAGCACCGGCUGGAGCCAAAAUGACUCCACCACCGGGAACUGUAGGAGAUCCCGGAGGAGUGGGGGAAAGAUAAGUACUGCGAGAUGGCGAGGAUAUGCUCUGUUGUUGCUGCUGAGAAGGGCGACGAGGCGCCGCCAUUUUUACAACAGUCCCACUGGGAACAAGAAAUAUAUUGGCUAAACUUCCUGGAAGUGGAAACUGUAAUUUCCGGUUUCAAUUGUCAGCAGUGAAUAUCGCCCCUAAAAAUAUUUUUAGAACAGGCUUUCAAAACAGUAUGUUUUAAUAUUUUUAUACUGUUGUAAUCCCACAUUUCUGAUAAAGGAGCUUGUUAUUUAUAACAGUUUAUUGUUGCUCUUUCAACCAGAUAAACUAGCCAAUUAACCAAUACAAUUCGAUUUGAAUAGACAAGGCAGGGAACCGGGGUGAGGCUAUAUAGCUGCUGUACUAUAUAAUCAACCUUUACACUUUUGCACCGUACGCAACCCACCGAAUAGCAUAAAUCGUCUUUCCUAUGAGAUAAGGAAAAUUCAUUAAUCUUAUCACAAUUUUCCUCUAGUCUGUGAACUUCAGUUUGCACAUACUGCACAAUGACUAAGCAUGAUAUGUCCCUAUGCAGAUCACAUUUUUCACUUAAUCUCAAGUAGCCUGAGUCACUGCCUGUCCUGAUAUUGACAUGGGCAUGAAUAUGAAGCAUAUCUAAGAGGCAAUAUCCGUUUCAGAAAAAAAGCUUUCUUGCAUGACUUGAAUAGGAAAUGUAAUUUCCAAUGAGCAGCUGAAAUCACUGUCAGUCAGGUUCGGCCUAUAUAGUUGUUCUGCCUUGCCAUUCAUAGGCUUGCAAAUUACAUAUGAAAAAUGAAAGCUAUUUGAAAACUAUAGUCUAUAGUUACAAUGGGGAAAAUGGACAUUCUGCAACCAUUCUGGUCCUGCCCAUUUGAACGUAAGCCUAUGCUUUUUAAAAUCUUGGAGUGUAUAAGGAAAACUUAUGGGAGACGUACUAAUGACCUGGAGUGCUGGGAAACACAUAGGGAAGAAAAUAUACCCAAUAUCAUCACAGAUAAAGGACGAACUAUGUGCACAGCCUAUUCUAUUACUGAACAUCCAAAUGUAGAAAAUUACUCCCACGGUGACACCCAGUGGAGAACUUAGGCAAAGACAGGAAAGUUCCUGAAGACACUGGAGCUACAAGAGAACGAAUAUAAAAGCUGUGAAACUCCCACUGCUUUGACAGAAACCAACACUGAACACACGGUACAAUCUCAGGGCAAGGGGACUCAACAUUAACAUCGACUGAAGAUGCUGUGCUCCCGAAUAUUCCAGUCUUCCCUCAGCCCAUUGAUGGACGUCUAAUGGCCUGUGCGCAGUCUUUGGCCAGAGGUCCAACCUCUUCUCUGCCAGCGGUAUUUACUGCAGAGAAAAAUGCUGGAGAUCAAGAGCAGUCUGGAGCUAAUGGAGAAACAUCAGCAGCACGUCUUUGGAGAGAUGGACCAUGUCCCAGCCUCUGUGGUCAUCCAACCAGUCUCCUACACACUGGAGAAAGAGAGAGAGGGUUUUGCCCUGGCACUGGAGACGAAAGACUUCUCCCCAGAGGAGCUGUCUGUCAAGCAGGUGGGCAGGAAGCUGAGAGUCAGUGGGAAGACAGAGAAGAAGCAGGAUGAUGGGGAAGGCUCUUACUCUUCCAGAUGCCAGGAGUUCAGACAGGAAUUUGAUAUGCCUGAUGGGGUGAAUCCUGAGACUGUCACCUGCUCCCUGGAUCAUGAUGGGAAGCUCCACAUCGAGGCUCGAAAGAAUCCAUCAUCUUCUGAGGAGGUGGCUGAGAGAGUGGUGCCCAUCAACCUAGCCUGGAUGUGAAGAUGCCACAAUUCCUCAGCUCACAGACAGAGGGCAGCAACAUAGAGGGCAGCACCUCAGACACAUAGGAGAAACAACAGAACACUAUUUCAAAUAAAUACUGAUCAUAUUAUUAUGCUAUUUUCUAUUUGACUGGAUGUUACAUUUUCUAAUCUAUAUUUUAUGGUUAUGAAACUGUAUGCAUUUACAUUUCAUAUCUUGUAACAAUCUAUCUGAGAUGCUAUUGAAUCAAUCAAAUCAAUACAUAAUAUUGCAGUCAUUAUCAACUCUUCAAUUAAUAUCAACAUAAUGAGAAUCGAUAGAGGGGCUAAAGGCUGGCCUAAAGACUGACACUGUCUUCUUUAUGGAUUUUCUUGUUUUUCUACUGAAUUAUCUAAAUGUCAUGAUAUGUUUUGAUAAAAUGUGUAGUUUUGUGACCCAAUAAAAUGUUCAGUAUACUUCUAAGACCGUUGUUAAAUUCAUUUUUGUGAAAUAUACCAUUUCAUUAUGUUAGUUAGAGGGAAGUAUAUUUAACAUUCAGGCCCAUAUUUUUUUGUUUAUAUAUAAGCAUAUCAUUAUUAACAUAAAUAAUCAGAAAAACAGUGUAAGUUCAGGACAACC